AUGAAGACCGUGCCGCAAAAGAUGUCGCUAGCCAACGCCAUGGCCGUACUGGUGCAGUAUAGUCUCUACACGGCAGCGGUCACGCCCGUCUUGCGCGCGGUAUUUGGCACGUCCCGCGUUCUCUCGGUCGCGAACGACUCGGAAGUGAGUCUCAUGGUCGGCCCGCACCUCCAUCCAGACGAUUCCCAACAUGAAGGAGCGCGUCACUGUCGGCAUUCGUGUGCACCGACGUCGUCGGCGACGACGUCCUAA